CUCUCGGGUUGCGCGGGGACGGGGGCAGCCUGUGCUGUCGUUUAUGCACCGGAUUCCGGCGGCCAGCGAAUAGGUGCUGUUGUGGCCGUCGUCGGUCAUAUGUGUGUGUACGGAAGAGGGGACGGUGGGUGGGCGGUCGCUCGCUCGCUCGAACUAUCUGAUUGUCUUGGUAUCCGGAGCUGUGGGUGGGUAGGUAGGUAGUUAAAGCUACCGUAGGUAUUCGGGAGGAGGAGGAAGGGCCAGGUUAGGUUAGGUUAGGCUAGGCAAGGUAAAGCAGGUCGGCAGGACGAGGCAGAGGGUGAGGCGAGUUUGCGAGUUUGCGAGUUAACGGGGGAGAGUCGAGGAGGCUGCUCUGCUAAGAAGUAGUAAAGUGAAUGGCGGUGUUUUGGACUUGUGUGGUCGAAGAAUGGAUGCGAUGGUGCUCGGUGGAAUGUAGCCAGACCCAGGGAUGGCUCUGGUGCGGAGGAUGGGCGAGCCACGGGCUGAAGCCAAAAGCGGGUCGGGGAGGGGCCCUGCUUUUGCUGCUUGGUGCCAGGUGCUGGGUGCUGGGUGGGUGUGGGUUGAUCUGGGAUGAGAUGGAGAUGGGGAUUCGCGACGGGGGUUGGAGGGAUUGGCCUUGAUGCGCGGCGUUGAGACGAAAGGAGAACGGGCGGACAGGGCUCCAGUGCAGGGCUUGCAGGGCAGUUUUGGCGGGUUUGCGGGUGUUGCGCAGGAGAAGCUCCCAGCUACGACAAGGGAGGAGUGGGGAACGCUAAGAUCUUAGCGGAGUCGAGUCAACCCUGUGGCUCCUUUUUUUAGGGCGCUACCGACAACCCGACGGCAGGGGAGGGGUCCAGUCCUUUUUCUUUUUUUUUUUUGACGUCGCUCGUUGCUCCUGUUGCUCUCUGUUGCUGCAGGUCACGAUGCACGCGAUCAACUUCAGACGGUUAUUAUUUCAUGGUGGUCUACUGGGGGUUGUGUGUGAUAUGCCAGCUGCUUCGUGUAGAUAGAGAUGGGAGCGUCAAUCUACCUAUCUUAUCAGGUAGGUCAAAGAGAGCUAUCCAGAUCCAUAUCCAUAUCCAUAUUCAUAUCCAUAUCCACACCAUUACGUAGACGUCCUCUAGACGGGACCUCAAAAGUUGCUCUACGUCGUCGAUCGUUGCUCCCACCCGCGAUUAGGUAGAGAUAGUUUUAGAUACACGGUCCCCACUCAAGACCGGUGGAGCCCUACCUACAAGCGACCAACUGUUAUACCUGACUCCCGAACCGGAGCUUGAAAAGGGCACCGUGUGCCUCACUAGCCCAAGGACUCGUCAGUCGAGGCUCCAAGGGCACAGCAAUAGCUGAUGGGUGGCAUCGGACCAGAAGCGUGUUUCGGCAGCGUGGUCAGCGCCGUUUCCAAGGUCGCCAACAAGGCCUUUCUCUUUCUUUCUCUGUCUCCAGAAAUGCGAGCGGCAAACCGUGUGAGAGGGGAAGUGGAGGAGUAGAGAGGGGCCUUUUCCGGGGAUGGAAGGGCACCUAUCCGGGGCCGCUCACCAGCGCACCUCAGUCCCUCAGUCCUUCGAGGUAGCAUGACGACGGCGAUGUGCUAGUGGCUGUGUGAAUGUAUCGCCGGUGCAACCGGGGCCUUGAGGGUAUUUUUCUUGAGCACUUUUUCUUUUGCUUCUUUUUUCUCUCUUGUUGUCUAUUUUCCUUUCUGUUGGCUCGAUGGUUUGCCUCAUGCCCUACACUAUAUCAUAGUAAUUAAUUGUCUAGGCCUUCUUGGGCAGUUGGCACCGUGUGCGCAAGCCACUUUGCGGACUGUGUGUUCCAAUCAGCGGCAUCGAACACAUGCACCGAGCGCCCAGCAGAUGCUCCUUCGGUGCCGUGCCUCCUCCCACUGUUGGCUUUCCCUUUUCCAUGCCAGAGUCCAAUCGUCUUCCGGCCGAGAUUUGAUGCCACACGAUGGGCGAUCCGCAAGGCUGCUGAUCUCGCGGCCGAGUCCCUCGUUAACUAACGCCCUUCUUUGUUUUGCUCAGGCCUCUCUGCGUUGUUAGCUCGAAUCUCGAACACUCUUGAUGAGGCCCUCAGAGCCAAUGCGUUUCGAAACGCCCCGUUCUCGGCCACAAAAGCAAUUGUUGAAAAGUCGGCCGUUUCGGACAAAUAGACAAUGGGGGGCGACCGAACCCUGGCCUGACUGAACGCUGCCAACUUGACCUCCUGGUUCAGAGACAAAAUUCGUACACCGCGGUGCACCGUUGCACUUGGGGCCAUGUGCGGAAUGCUUGUGCUUGUCUGGCGUCAUUUGUCACCAGCAAACAGUCUCUUGCGCGUGCAUAUGCUGGCUGUCUCCAUUUUGGUUAACGGAUAUUAAGGGGGUAAGAGAGGGUUCGCCACAAAAACCGGCCGUGGUCACGAAUGGCACCAUCGUGGGAUGCAGGGACACAGUGUUCACUCGAAAGCACACCCUUGGCGCCUUCACCGGUAUGGAUGCGACAAGGGAAUGGCAAUGUGCAGAAUAUUGCACCGGUCUGAUAAACAGAAUCUCGAUAGCUUCGAGGUAAGGGAUGCUGUCUGUAUAUCAAGCUCCUCUGUCCUCGUGGAAUGCCUUCAUCUCCGUUGUCAUCGACGGGCCGAGAAGCACGAACGAGAUCACCGCCCAGUGUCUCGCCGCUUCCCGCCCGCAAACUCCUCCCCUGACUGGCCCAGCUCGAUGGCGAUGCGCCUCCCAGCAGCCGGAUCCGGGGAAGACCAGACGAGCUUGGUGCUCCCGCCUUGUCAUACCUACCUGAUCCAGUGGCAGGCCAUCCGUGUGUAUAAAUGUGCGCCAUCUGUGAUGCUUCCAAACAAGCAAGCGCCAGUACACAUCUUGUCACACACUCCAACCUCUCCCUCUUUGCCCCAGGCGUGCUUCUCUUGGGUUCCUUCCCGGGAGAGGCAUGCGACCCUCUUCCUUUUGGGGUUUAUGCUGAAAGGCAAGACGUCGCAGUGAAGCCGCAGGGCCCCCCAGCGCUGGCCAUGUGCGGCCGGACUGCCGUGCAGUUGUUCUUUUCCACUCUGGAAAAGCGCCCGAUGUCCGGCACCGAACCCGUAUCUUCCCCAGCCUCCUGCCCGGUGCCGGUCUUGGCCAUUAUCAGCAAGCCGACAUCUGCCAGCAUGCGGAGUCUGCUGGCAUCUCCCAACCGCACCACCCCGUUGCCGUCCUGA